CUUCCAUUUUCAUCACUCUCUCUCUCUCUCUCUCUCUCUCACACACACACACACACACACACUCGCUUUUGCUAUGGCAUCCACCAUCGAAUCUGCUUGGCAGUUCUUGAUCAUGCAUUUCAGCGACUUUCAACUGGCAUGUUUGGGAAGUUUCUUUCUGCAUGAAAGCGUUUUCUUCUUAUCUGGACUUCCUUUUUUAUUGCUUGAGAGGGCAGGAUGGCUCACUAAGUACAAAAUUCAGGCGAAAACUAACAGCCUUGCAUCUGAGGAGAAAUGUAUUCUUCACUUAUUGGUGUAUCAUCUUUUUGUCAAUCUACCUGUUAUGAUUUUUUCAUAUCCCGUCUUCAGAUACAUGGGCAUGCGGAGUAGUCUUCCACUGCCGUCCUGGAGAGUAGUUCUAACUCAAUUAAUCUUUUACUUCAUUGUGGAGGAUUUUGUAUUCUACUGGGGCCAUAGGAUACUGCAUACAAAAUGGUUGUACAAGCAUGUACACAGUGUUCAUCAUGAGUAUGCUACACCAUUUGGACUUACUUCUGAAUAUGCUCAUCCUGCCGAGAUACUUUUCCUUGGAUUUGCUACCAUUGUUGGUCCUGCUGUCACUGGACCCCACUUGAUAACCCUCUGGCUAUGGAUGGUUCUUAGAGUCCUUGAGACAGUUGAGGCACAUUGCGGUUAUCAUUUCCCGUGGAGUCCCUCAAAUUUCUUACCAUUGUAUGGGGGGGCUGAUUUUCAUGACUAUCAUCACCGUUUGCUGUACACCAAGUCUGGAAACUAUUCAUCUACCUUUACUUACAUGGACAGGAUAUUUGGAACUGAUAUAGGGUACAGAAAGUUGAAAGCAUUGAAGAACGCAGGAGUUGAAUACUGUAGCGAACAAAAGAAACAAUGAUAGAACAUACUUUGGGAAUAUCUGGAACGAUUCAAAAGUUGAUUUCCAAACUUACAAAAACGUCUUCUCAUGUGUUCUUUUUGUUUUG